AUGUAAUAAAUCUAAUCUCAUUUUCUUAUUCAUUUAUAAGAAGAUGAAGAAAUACCUCUAACUAUGGUAGUUAAUGAAAAAGAAAGCAAAUAAUAAUUACUCUAUCCUUUUUCAAUAGAAUCUACUAAAUUUGUCAAUUAUAUUUCAGAUAGAAAAAAAAAAUAACUACAAGAUGAAAUUAAUAGAAGAUUGGCAUGCUUAGAUUUUUUAAAUAUUAAUUAACUCGCAAAUACCUAAAGGUUGGAUUAAGUAUAGAGUUUUGAUUUCAAGGGUUUAAAAGAAUAUAAAAUUGAAUACUUAGAUGAUUAUUUACCUGAUUUUAUUUAUGGAGGUUUGUCUCUUAAGAAAGAUAAAGCAGACUACAAUUUUCAGAAAUUUAUUGAAAAUGAAAAAUAAAUGAAUAAAACAAAUUAUAUCCAUAUUGGAUAAUAAGUUUAACAAAGCAUUAUCAAAUUUAAUGUUGCAAUAUUAAUUUAUUAAGGGGAACUACUUGAUGAUCUGAAUGAGUAAAUUACUAAUUUUAAAUAAGCUUAAAUAAUUCCAAUUGUAUUAAUUACAUGUAGAAGACAUUUCAAAUUAUUAUUUUAAAAUGAUGAUCAAUAAAUAUAUAAAAAUUAUUAUGUACCAAUUUAUAAGGUCUAAACUUUAUCUCAAAAUUAUGCUUAUUUCUUAGAAGAAUAAAAAUCCAAUGAAUUACCUACUUUUUAUUUUGCAUUUUUUAAUGAACCUGAUAGAAUGUAAUUGAUUAGAUGGAUUUAUUUGGGAAUAUUGAAUUUUAUUGAUCCUGAACAUGUUAUAAUCUCUUAAAGCAAGUUGAAAUUCUAAUGCUCCUUUUAAAAACUAUUCUGUCUUUUUGAAAAAUAAUAAAUAUUUGGUAUUUCUUGGAAUAAUAAGAUUAUUUAAAAUAAUCAUUGCAAUUUACUUUCUUAAUAUAUAUAAAUUCCUUUCAAUAUAAUUACUACACAUUCUAUAUUUAAAAUUAAAUAGUUUCAUGAUCCUCUUUAAUGUGUAUAUAAAUGGAAUCUCAUUGAACUUCAUGUUCCAAAUUAUUAUAGUCUACUUAAAAGAACCUUAAAAACAAAUUUAGAGGCUCUAGGAUUAAAUUCCAUUUUACCCAAUUAUAUGUUAGGAGAAUAAGAUUAAUUAGAAUUGUUAUUUUUAAAACAACCAAUAACAAAUACUUAAAUAAACUCUCUACAAGAGCAUGCAUUAAUUGACUAGUUUAUUGAAAUCAGAUAGAAUAUCAAUAAUCAAAUGAAAAAUUAUGAUAUUAUUAGUAAAAAUUGGAUUAUCUAUAUAAAUUGUAUCUUGUAAAAUAUAUUUUGCAAAUUUCAAUAGAUGUAAAGUUACUUUGCAAUUUCAGUUUGUAAAAUAAUUCUUUUAAUUAGGUUUCUUUUUUUCCUUUCAUAGUCCUUAUCAAUUAAUUUAUAAUAUUUCAGAUGAAUCAAUUGGUUAUACUGCUUUGGCUAUUAUAGUGCCAGUUUUUUAUUCUUUGAAUGUUUUAUUAUUUACUCUUAUCUCUAACCUAUAUAACUCAAAAGAAAAAAUAUAAAGUAAAAAUAAAAUUAGUUCCAUUUAUUACAGAAUGAAUUAUAUGAGCUAAGAGAAAAUCAACAUAAAUGUUUGCAAUAAAUAAAAAAAUCUAAAGUUAUAAGAAACUAUUUCUCAAGAUAACACUUUGGUUAAUUUUCAAAUAGAAGUUGAAUAAGAUGAUCUGAUUUUGGAUCUUUAGCAUAAAAUGCCUCAAAAAAAUGAAUAAGAACAAGAAAUAUUCUUAGAGGCUCGCAUUCCUUAAUUUCAAAGAAUUGAUUUAGUAUUUAAGAUUUUCAUUAGCAAUUAAAAAAUUAUGGAUUUUGCUGUUUUUUUAUUCACUAUUAGCAAUCUUGUCAUUUUAUAUGGAGAAAAUCUUUGGGAUUUAUCAAUUAUAUAUUAGACUGUUAUUAUUAUAUUUGCUAUUUUCAUUAUUGCAAUUGAAUUCUUGUAAAAAGGAUUAUGUCUCUUUGCUUAUACUUAUAAUUUUACAUUAUUGACAUACUUUUGGUAAAUCUAAAAUAUUUAUAAUAAAAAAUACUCAGCAGAAGUUCAAAUAUAAAGAAAAAAAUAAUUAGCUGAAUAAUUACUGGUCAAUGCUAUAGUUUUUUAUAGCUUUAUAGCUGUUGAAUCUUAUUUUAAUUAUUCUGGAUAUAUUUUUGUUGGAAUAUUAGGUUAUUAAUCCUUUGUUUCGAUCAUAUCUGGAUUACUUAAUUUGUUUGCAUAUUAGUAAAAGAAUUUCAAAAUUCCAGAAAAAGAAGAGCCACCAUUGAAUAAUUAACAGAAUAAUAACAUAGAUAUAUAAAAUCAAUAUCCUCUUAGUUUUAAAAAAGAGUAUCGUGAUAAUUUAAUUUAAAAAGCAAGAUUUUUAGUACAACUAUCAAAAUAUGACAGAGAAAAAAAAUUGCAAGAUAAAUUAAGAUAAGAAUAAUAAUAAUAAGAAUAAUAAUAAUAAUAAUAAGAAUAAUAAUAAUAAUAAUAAUAAUAAUAAUAAUAAUAAUAAUAAUAAUAAUAAUAAUAAUAAUAAUAAUAAUAAUAAUAAUAAUAAUAAUAAUAAUAAUAAUAAUAAUAAUAAUAAUAAUAAUAAUAAUAAUAAUAAUAAUAAUAAUAAUAAUAAUAAUAAUAAUAAUAAUAAUAAUAAUAAUAAUAAUAAUAAUAAUAAUAAUAAUAAUAAUAAUAAUAAUAAUAAUAAUAAUAAUAAUAAUAAUAAUAAUAAUAAUAAUAAUAAUAAUAAUAAUAAUAAUAAUAAUAAUAAUAAUAAUAAUAAUAAUAAUAAUAAUAAUAAUAAUAAUAAUAAUAAUAAUAAUAAUAAUAAUAAUAAUAAUAAUAAUAAUAAUAAUAAUAAUAAUAAUAAUAAUAAUAAUAAUAAUAAUAAUAAUAAUAAUAAUAAUAAUAAUAAUAAUAAUAAUAAUAAUAAUAAUAAUAAUAAUAAUAAUAAUAAUAAUAAUAAUAAUAAUAAUAAUAAUAAUAAUAAUAAUAAUAAUAAUAAUAAUAAUAAUAAUAAUAAUAAUAAUAAUAAUAAUAAUAAUAAUAAUAAUAAUAAUAAUAAUAAUAAUAAUAAUAAUAAUAAUAAUAAUAAUAAUAAUAAUAAUAAUAAUAAUAAUAAUAAUAGUAAUAGCAAUAGUAAUAGUAAUAGUAAUAGUAGUAAUAAUAAUUGAAAUAGUCAUAAUAAUAGUCAUAGUAGUAAGAAUAAUAGUAAUAAUUUUUAUUAUUUGAAUUCUCAGAACCAAAUUCAAAAUUAAGAUCAUAAUAAUAAAAUUCAUAAUUAAGUUAAAAUUAAGAAUAAUUACCCUAGUAGAGUAAACGAAAUUAAAGUUAGUUUUAACAAUAAUAAAAUAAUAAUUAAUCAAUUUAAAAUCAAUAAUCCUAGAUGCAAUAAAAUGCCCCUCAAGACUAUUUAUUGCAUUCAAACUUUUUUUAGAAUUAAAAUGUUAAGUAAUCAAAAUUAAAUUAAGAUUAAGGAAAUUGA